AUGGCGUCCUCAAUCGACGUAAAAAGAGGGUCAGAUGUAGACGAGACCGGCAAGCCAGACGACGUUCUCGAGGGUUCAAUCCAAGAUGUAACCGAGUAUUCCGACUCUUACUUUCGAAAACUCCGCUUCAAGAUCGAUUUAUGGCUUCUUCCGCUUAUGUGGGUGUGCUAUGGCACGCAACAAGCCGAUAAGACAGCCCUCAGUACUCAAGCAGUCUUCGGCAUCAGGGAAGAUACCGGGCUUGUUGGAGACCAGUACAACUGGCUGAGCACAAUCUUCUACCUAUCCUAUCUCAUCUGCGAGUUCCCGGGCAACUGGCUGAUGCAAAAAGCCCAUACUGGCAAGUUUCUAUCGGCUGUUAUGGUUCUAUGGGGUGUAGUUGUUUUAUGCAUUGCUUUCGCAAAGAACUUUACGCACCUCAUGAUUCUCCGCACGCUUCAGGGCGCCCUCGAGUGCACGAUCUCGCCUACCUUCAUGCUCAUCACGGGUGCAUGGUACACAUCUCAAGAACAUACUCUGCGGUCUUUGAUAUGGGGGACAUCCAACGCUGGGAUGAACAUCAUCACCGGUCUUUGCAUGUAUGGAAUUGGAUUGCACGCCCAGAAAGACCCGAACGGCCUAGCAGCUUGGAAAGGGAUAUCGUUCUUUCUUGGCGGUCUUACAAUAGCCUGCGGCAUCUUGGUCUGGUUCAUACUUGGCACACCUCGCGAGGUACGCUGGCUCAACGAAGCCGAAAAGAAGGCCGCAAUAGCCCGCGUUAUUGCAAACCAGACAGGAUCAGAUAAUCAGAAGAGAUCAGAGUUCAAGUGGGAGCAGACCUACUUCUUCUUCUUCGUCACCAUCAUCAAUGCGUUGCCUAACGGUGCGAACACGACAUUUUCCAAGUUGAUAUGGACUUCGUUCGGGUUUACACCAUUAGAAACACUGUUAAAGGGUUCUACUCCAUACUACUGCGUCAGCAUUGUUUGGUUCUUGAUUGUUGGCUUUGUCACGCUGAAGAAACCGAACCUCAGAUAUAGCAUGAAGUGGACCAGAUGGGGCAUGUACAUUAUGCAAGUGUUUGGAUCUUUGCCAGGACUAAGAAGAACGAAGAAAACCGUUACGGCUACAGUGCUUUUUGUUGCCUACUGUGUCGGAAACGCGGUUGGAGCCCAGAUGUUCGUGGCUUCUGAUGCACCAAAAUACAUUCGCGGUCUUACUGCAUGUGCUGUUCUUUACUGCGUCGAGUUCUGCAGCAUGGCUACAUGGCGGUUCUACUACAUCUGGGAAAACAGAAGACGCGCCAAAAUCAUUCGACAACAGGGCAUUUCAGACGAAGAAAGCGAACGUCUUGGAAAAUUAAACGCGGAGGCCGAUAUGACUGAUAGGGAAAACAUUCAUUUCAAGUACAAGUACUAG